AUGCGCCGCACAAUUGCUGCGCUGACGGCCACGCCGGAGCGCUUUUCUAUUUUAGGCACAACACACCCGAAGCCCAAACGGACUGGCUUUGGGCGUAACAACAAGAUGCGCUCGAAGCCGAGCGACAAUGUGGCGUGGUACGACAAGGGGCCGGUGGAGUGGCUGCCACGUCCUGUGCGCCUCACAUACGACCACCUCGACCAGUUGCGCGAUUGGAUGAUGCGAGAGACGCUGGACGGCAAGACGGAGGAGUUUAAUCGCAUUCGCGACAUGCACCGCGAGUGGUCGCAGCACCCGCUCAUGCCGGUACUCGGCGACGUUGAGCCGAAGUUUCCACUGAAUCUCUUCAAGCAGAACCACCGGGCAAAGCGACGGUUCUUGGUCCGUUGGCACAAGGCAAAUACCCCCGCCAAUUGGCUGUGGAUGCCGCGGGGGCCCACCGUCGUCACGCCGCUGCACCACACAAACCCCUCGCAAUACCCGGAGAGUUGGAGGCAAAUGGUCCGCAAAAAAAAGUAG